ACCCAGAGACCGGUGCCAGUCCAUGGCCUGGGGUUUGGGGAGUACUACAUCAGAGCGGACUUUUUGCUCCUGGUCUGAUCCAGAGUUGCUUUCUGCUGAGGGUUCUCUUGGUUUGGCAGGUGUGAAAGCUCACCUGGGUUUUGAUUUGGACCAAACAAGAGAACUCGUCCUUUAAAGAACCAGAUGUAAUGUAUGACCCUCCUCUGGUUCCUGGAACAGGUUAACUUUCUUUGGGCAUGUACUCCUUGGCUCACCUGCUGAAGCAGCGGCUUUCAGAGAUUAUUGGAAUUUUGUCAUCAAAGUCCACUGAAGAAACAUAAACUUGUUCCAGAAAGUGGAUGGUGCACAUCAAGACAAGCGGGUUCUGCUCUGUCCUGAGACUUUCUCUGAAUCCUGCAGCAAGCCUGCAUGUAAACUCUGACCCCAACCCCUUAGCAGCUGACCCCAGAGACACUGCAUGGUGGAGGUUUCCGGAGAGCUGUGUUAAUCAUUCAGGGGCUAAUGGAGCGGAGCGUGGUCUUCAUCAGCAGAACACGCCACUGGUACAUUGUGAACAAGCGGCGCCGCACUAAUGACCACUGUUGGCUGUUUGUCACUCAGGUCCAGCUGUCCACAGGAUCAGUCCCAGCAGGCAGAGCCAAAGAACAGACCUGAGCGCCGCCAUGAUGCCGGAUGAGCCCGAUCUCUGCCACUGGUGCCCCCAGUAGCCCUCAGAGGUGCGUGAUGGGUCUGACGCCAGCUUCUGGCUCCCAGCCCCAAGGGGGUUUGUUGGUUUUGGAGAACCCCCGGCUCGGGAGUUCCCCCUCAACGCCUCUGCCUUCGCUGUCCUGCAGCAUCGAUGAGUCCUACAAAUACGUCUUCCUGCCCGUCUGCUACUCACUCACCUUCCUCUUUAGCCUCUCCCUGAACUCUGUGGUUCUGCUGCGCUCAUGCCGCAACUCCGGGGGUGGGACUGGGGCUGCACGGCGCUGGAACACCUCCCUGAUCUACAUGGUGAACCUGGCCACCACUGACCUGAUGUAUGGCCUAUCGCUGCCUUUCCUAGUGGCCAGCUAUGUGCUGCAGGACCGCUGGAUAUUCGGGGAUUUCAUGUGUCGCCUGGUGCGCUUCCUGUUCUACUUCAACCUGUACUGCUCCAUCUACUUCCUCACCUGCAUCUCUGUGCACAGGUAUCUAGGGAUCUGCCAUCCCAUGAGGACCAUCACCUUGGAGAGUAAGCGGGUGGUGAAGGGGACCUGUGCGCUGGUGUGGAUCGUGGUCUUCAUAAUAACCUGCCCCAUCUUCAGGUUCGCUCAGACAGGAUACGUUUCAAGAGGAAAACAAGGUUCUGAGGAUGGCAGGAACAGCACCCAACCAGGAUUUGAGGACGGGUACAUGAACUGCUGGGACGACGCAAUUGACAAAGAGUUUGCUGAUUACGUUCCGUACGGCAUUGUGCUCCACCUGCUGGGCUUCUUCCUCCCCUUCGUCACCAUCGCCUGGUGUUACUCUCAAGUAGUUCGGACAAUCUUUCAGUCUCUCCGCUCUCCGCCAAGUUCCAUUGAGGGCGGCGACGACGGUCCGGUGGGGGAUGGAGUGGUAGAAAGUGGUCGAGAUCGCGAUAGGACCUCUGUUUCCAUCUCAGGCUCUCAGUACUCUCACUACAUCCGCCGCCGGCGAAAAUCCAUCAAAACUAUUGUCACUAUCACGCUAUUGUUCGCGCUGUGCUUCCUACCCUUCCAUGUGACCCGAACACUGUUCCUGCUCCUGCGGCGGGGGCAGCUCGUCGGCUGCGACGCCAUGAAGACCGUCUCCAUCUGCUACAAGGUCACCAGGCCGUUGGCCUCGUGCAACGCGUGGCUCAACGCCCUCCUCUACUUCCUCACUGGGGACCACGGCACCCCCUGCUGCUGCCCUGCGGGACAGAACGUUCGAAGACACCGCCGCAGCGGUGCCCUCUGGUGGCCGCUUGCAAUACUUAAAAAGGACGGAGCAGGAGAGGAGGAUCAUGUGGCUACGGAGAAGGCAGAGAGGGAGCUGCAGACAGAAAAUGAAUCCAAGUCUUCCAGGGUGGUUUUUUAAGACAUCUAAGAGAGAAACCCAAAGCCAUAUUCUUACCAAAGUUCUGCUGUCAUUUCUUUUGGAAAAAUCCCUGUAAUCAAAGAUCAGUUCCCUUUUUUUAUUCAGAACGUAGUUAUCUGCUGCAGCUGACUCCUCUCUCUAGUUGAUGCUGAUGCAAAAACUUUUUGUGGCUGCUUCUCUGGCUUGGACUUUGCUCAGACUUUGUUAACUAACAAAGUUAACAUUUCCUCAAGACGAAUUCCUGCAAUGAAUCCAUGAAUGCGGCAGAAAAAGUUCCGCUCAGUUUGAGGUCUUUUUUGUCUGAAGUGAGACAGCAGCAGCUCAUGUUGCGGUUUGAGAUGAUAAAAAAGGGAUGCGAGUCAGUAGAAAUGUACUUUGGAAUCCUGUGUAGUACAUUGUGUGUUUGUAAGCUGGUGUGUUUUUGUGACGCUGUGUUGUUGCUCUGGAUUAAAGUCUGCUGUCAGCCUC